AUGGCAGCAGCUACCAUGUCCUCCGCCGCCGUCCACGAUGGGCUCCGUGUCGCUGCCCUGGACAAAGAAGACAGCAUGUUCCAAUCGAUCCCUCCCCCUCAAGUCCACACUCCCCCUACUACCGACGAGGCGAGCCACAAGGACGAUGACGCAGCCUCGAGUUCCUCCCUCUCCGAUCUCGGCGAUGAUCUUGAAGAUGAAGAGAACAGAAUGAGGUUCGAAGAAGCGGCUCGUGCAGGCGCGGAAGCCGAACAGUUCUCGGAGGUCAAGCCAGAUCGCUACGAGAAUGGCGUUCCUAUCUUCACUCCGACAAUGGAACAAUUCAAGGAUUUUCAGCGAUACGUGAAGGGCGUGGAUCCGUAUGGCAUGCAGUCGGGCAUCGUGCUGAUAGAUCCCCCUGAAGAAUGGAAACGUGCCCGCAAGGCCCUGGACGAGUUAGUCAAGACGAUCAAGAUUAAGAACCCCCUCACCCAAGAAUUCCAUGGCGCCCAAGGCAUUUAUACGCAGCGCAAUAUGGAGAAGAUGCGAUCCUAUAACCUCCCACAAUGGAAAGCCAUUUGUGAGCAGACCGAAAAUCAACCUCCCGCACGACGAGGGGAGAAACGUUUAAAUGCCGACAAGUUAUUGGGACGCGGGACGACCAGACCCCGGAAAUCCGAAGCCACAGGCACUCCGGAACCUUCAAAGGGUAAACCUGGUCGAGGAAAGGCCAAAUCGAUUAAAGAUGAACCCAGUGAUCACGACUCAACUCUACUCGCACCUCCUACCCCUACUAGUCCUGACGUCAAACCGGCUCCCCUAGACAAUGACGAAGGAGAAGAUGGAGCCAGAGACAAUACGGAACCGACGCCGACAAAGGGCAAACGAGGCAGAAAACCGGGAAGACCGCGAGGGCGACCGCCCAAGUCAUCCACCACCAAGAAGGAAGGUGGAGGCAAUGGGGCGGAGACUACUGUUGCAGCUCGGCGAUUGAGGAAUGCACGUGAGGCCAACGACGACGUGGACGAGGAAGCCUUCCGAGAUUUCGACUAUCGUGUCUAUGAUCAUGAUCAAUGGACAGCUGAACGCUGCGACGAGCUCGAGGACAAGUAUUGGAAGAGUCUCAACUUUAGUAACCCGAUGUAUGGUGCAGACAUGCCGGGGUCCUUGUUUGACGACGACACAAAGGAGUGGAAUGUUGCAAAAUUACCCAAUCUGCUGGAUCUCCUCGGCGCGCCAAUUCCCGGGGUCAACACUGCAUAUCUGUACCUGGGGAUGUGGCGGGCUACCUUUGCCUGGCAUCUAGAAGAUGUGGACCUCUACAGCAUCAACUACAUCCACUUUGGUGCUCCGAAACAGUGGUACAGUAUCUCUCAGAAGGACGCACCCAAAUUCGAGGCCGCGAUGAAGACGUUAUGGCCGUCAGAUGCUAAGAACUGUGACCAGUUCCUGCGCCAUAAGACAUAUCUCGUUUCCCCGUCGAUCCUCAAGUCGAGAUUCGGAGUCACUGUCAAUAAAGUCGUCCACCGUGAAGGACAAUUCGUCAUCACCUUUCCCAUCGGCUAUCAUUCUGGGUUUAACCUGGGUUACAACUGUGCCGAAUCCGUCAACUUUGCCAUCGACAACUGGCUACAGUAUGCUCCCACAGCACGGAAAUGCCGAUGUGAAGCCGACAGUGUCUUUAUCGAUGUCGACUGGUUUGUCCGGAAGAUAAAUGGUGAACCGACACCAGAAUAUGAGGAAGUCGAGGUCACCGACGACGAAGACGACGUUGACGAGCCUAUGGACUUACCAACGCCUCCAAGCAGCGACCGCGGCAAGGUGAAGACAGCCCAAAAGAGGAAACGUGCUCCGAAAGACAUGGGACCGAAUAAGAAGGCGAAGAAGCUCAUCAAGAUCCGUAAAGUCAGCAAAAACCAGCCUUGUUGUCUCUGUCCGAACGACUUUGCGUGGGAGGAACUUUUGCCUACCACGCAUGGUCAGCGAGCACACCGCACCUGUGCCAUGUACACCCCCGAGACCUACGUUGCCAACAAGGACGGCAAAGAAAUGGUCUAUAACGUGGAAAAUAUCAGCAAAGCACGCCUGGAACUCAAAUGCUACGAGUGUCGCCAAAAGAAGGGGUCGUGUUUCCAGUGUUCGUCAGCCAAAUGCGCCAAGUCAUACCACGCCACAUGCGCUAUGCAAGCCGGCGUUCAGGUGGACAAGGGCGAGAUCGCUGUAUGGCAUGAAGGCGUGGAAUAUCGCGAUAUCGGGUUCGACUGGAGAUGUCGUCUUCAUCGGACUGUCAAGCGGACGAGGAUCACGAGUGAACUGUCGGCUUGCAACCACGCCAACAGCUGUUGGCAGAACGCGGAAUUCCGACAGUUUUUGUAUGAUCUGAAAGAAGGAGAAGUGAUCCAGUUUCAAGCUACCAAUAGCGACGACAUUGAGGCGGGUCUUGUUGUGGCAGGCUAUGAUGAGGGACAAGGUUCGGUGCUUGUCAAGAUUGUGCCCGACCUCAAAACAGCCAAGGAGGUUGAUCCCACGUCGAUUCUUUUUGUCGACAGUGCGACUUCAUGUUUACAGAAGCCUUCGGUCAGCGCACUUGAACUACCGGAAGAUUUGCAAGGAAAGACUGCUUCACUGCCCGAGUCCACGGAGAAGAAACCAAGCGCAGGCGAUCCUUUCACCGAGGAACCGAGAACUGAAUGGGCCGAAUUUGCUUCUGCAGAGCCACCUCUCAACAAGGAUCAGAAAGCUGUUGACCUCUCCAAGGACAAACAACUGUGGAUUUAUUUGGGAGAGUCGUCAUCAGAGGCGAAGGCCCAUUACACAGCUGAUCCCAACAGACGGGUGCAUGAUCCAACAUCAAACUUCCUGGAACUGGUUGCACCUGCGAAAUCUGUCAUGGCACCGCCUCCUCAACCGAAGCGUCAUUCUCUUGCGGUCCCAUAUCCGUUGCUCAACGUUGCCGCGAGAAAUGCUGCAAGGGUCAACAUCCGCCAGAACUCCCUAGGUAAACACGGGACGACACCCCGAUUGCCCGGAACAUUCAGCGGAACGACGCGCGAUCUCACCAUGAGCCAGAAUGAACACAAGAACCAACCAGUGGAUCACAAGUCCAGUCAAGUGAAGCCUUCACAGUACCGCGAUAUUGUCGCUGGUCAAGAAGCACGGCUGAAUGAGCAAGCAAGGAUUUUACAACGGCAGCAGGCUAAAGCUCAACAACUGGAUGCUGCCGAUCACGCGAACAGUAUGCCGCAUAACUCAAUUGGCAUUGACCAUGACGCCGUACAGCGACAAAGACAGUUCCAACAACAAGCAUCUCAGCAUGCUAAGCACAUGAAGGAAUGGUCGAAUGAUCCCUCUCUGCCUCCGCUCAACCAAUAUCAUGACCAUUUCCCGGCUUUUAGUACCAUGGAUUCAUCCAGUGGAUACGGUGUUACUUCAGGGAUGAGCCCGAGCGUACGAACACAACAGUACGAAUACAGUAACGACUGGAUGGCUCCCAGCAAUAACGGUCGGAAGUCAAGCUUUGGGACACCUGCAAACUCAGGAAUGCACUCGACGCUUUCGCCUCAUUUCGAUCCAUCACAAUCGGCUGAGAUCACCCCUUUCCCAGCAUUUGCUCCACAUUCGCACCUUCAGUUCUCAUAUCCGGGGGACUCCAGUCAAGGUUCCGGUACAAACACCUCCUAUCAGCCUUCGCCGAUGGAAAGCAUUCGAGCUGCUGCAAAUCAACCCCCUCCGCCUCCUCCCUCUGCCGAGGUUGAACGUCAACGGCGGAUUUCCAAUCCCGCCUAUCCUUUUAAGAGUCCCGACCAGAUCAAGGCGCAGAAGGGGGCGGAGAAGAUAUCGCCAUCUGGUAGUAGACCGAACAGCUCAUACAUGUUACCCAGCCCGAGGCUACAGCAUGAUUCGUACCUGAGCUCCAACACAUCGGCAAGCCCUGUGCACGCGCUCGACCCUCAAAACCCGCCUCAAUUUAUCAAUCCCAACGCCACACAGAUCAGCCCUCCGGGGUCAAGCGCUGGUCACAGAUCGGCUAGCGGCAGCUUCUCCGGUCUCGGGAUCCGUCCGACAAUGGACUCUUCUAUGCGGCCUCGCCUAAAGAAAAGUAUGUCCCUCGACAUGGAUAUCGACCUGGCCCCCUUUCCGGCCCAUUACAUGCAAAUGAAUGCAUACGUCCCGAAACCUUUGACAUUUGAUCCUUUAAGCCAUGUCAAUGCAUUCACGCCCUCCAAAACUCAGACCACGGAACCGUCAAUAGCAGCCCCUUCUCGUCAACUACUGGGCAGCUUGGAGAAACGCCCGGUGGGACCUAAUGGGCUCAGGCUUAACGAUCACCCAGUCCCCAAGCAGUUGACUGAUUGGGAAGAGAAGGGAGGCUUCUGGGGUCGUGUCGCAGGCUACUACAUUCAGAAACAUCAAACUGCAGCCACAGUGUACAAGUCACCGUUUGCAGGCAUAGGCCAACGGGCAAAUGGUCGCACACUGGCCCAGAGAUAUUACGAUAGUCUGGAACCGGAGCAACAGGCCAGAAUUGAAGAACAUCUCCAAGGCCGGAUUGACUGA